GUUAGGCCACUGGGACGCCUGUGUGGCACAUCAGAAACAACCCAUCUCUUUGGGGUUAGUGUGGACCAGUGGACAUGGCUUUAGUAAACACAGAAACUUAUGUCAAUGAAUCAUGCUGUUAUAUUUCUCUCACAGCGUAACAAUACAACAGUGAAAGGAAGCAGCACAAGCAUUGCCAUGGAGGGGAAGACUUUUAUUUUUGUGGUCUUAUCAGGACUGGUUUUCCUACCUGACUGCUUUGCCCGUAUCUACGUCAUUGUUGAAAAGGCAAAGACCUGGGCUGAAGCCCAGAGCUACUGCAGGUGGAAGUACACCGACCUGGCCACGGUUGAAAACAAGGAAGAGUUGGAUAAGCUGGUUGCCGCUGCACAAGAACAUUACAAUGGUCAGGUCUGGAUAGGACUGUACGAUGACAUUAACAGUUGGAGGUGGUCACUGAAGAAGGAGGGUUAUUAUGGUGAAGGAGAGGCAGAGUUCAGGAUGUGGAAUAGUGGUGAACCCAAUAACUUUGGGGGAUAUGAGACCUGUGCAGAAAUGACUGCUGAUGGCUUAUGGAAUGAUUUGCCUUGCACACUUACAAAACAGUUUGUCUGCUACAAUGGGAAUGUGGAGACAGUGACCUCUUCCAGCUUCUUCUUUGUGAAUGAGUACAAGAUCUGGAGCGAGGCUCAGAGCUACUGCAGGGAGCACUACACUGACCUGGCCAGUGUGAGGAACCAAUCUGAGAAUGACAAGGUGAAGACGAUGACCCAGAACCAACCCAUAUGGCUCGGCCUCUACAGAGACUCGUGGAAAUGGUCAGAUGGGAGCCCCACUUCAAUCAGAAAUUGGAAUUAUAAUGAACCAAAUGGCAACAUCAAUACUCCCUGUGUGUGUUUACAUGAAGGGAAAUGGGAAGACCACGAAUGUAAUAAGACAUUACACUUUGUCUGUCAUAUUGUGCCAGUGAAGCAGCAGUUGGUGAUGGUGAAAAUAACUAAAAACGGUUCCUCUGUGAACCUGGAGGAUGCAGCGGAAGCCCUCUUGCAGCAGUUCCGUCAGACACUGAAGGACCACGCCCCGAGUGAAGACCUGAAGCUGACAUGGAGGAAGCAACCUGAUGGAAAGAUCUUCUACUUGGAAGAAAAAGAGGAGAGGAAGGAGAAAAAGGAGAUCAGCUACAACCUGAAAUGA